UUUUGCUGUAAUUCGCUCUUUUGGCCACUAGAUGGCAUAACGUACCCGCGUAACGCCACACUGACUGACGUCAGACGCAGGGCUCCGCCUUUGCUGUGAUGUCACACACGGAAGGCCCACUCACACCGGGGACGUAAGCACCGCGGAACGGCUGCGUCGCGGUUACCGGAGCUGAUCGCUGCCAUUCUGCUCAGUGAGAGCACUCACACAGGGCGCGCCGCGAAGCGACUGUCCGCGCUGCAGCGAUAUCACUCCGGAGCACCUCUAUUUUCCACGCGAGCCGCUGGAAAACCGCGUGGAUCUCAACAGGGCAGACUGCACCAGACAGGAAAUCCGACACAGCAUCCACGUGGGACCAGGUGAGCAGUCAAUCGAGAGGGUCAGCGACAUGGAUGACGAAAGGCUCAUUGUUGAGGUCGAACAACACAAAAUCAUCUAUGACAUAACACAUCCUUUUUAUAAGGACAAUGGACACAAGGACAGAGCCUGGCAUUUAAUUGCAGAAGUUUUGGAAGUGGAUGCUGACACAUGUAAAGCAAGAUGGAGGGCUUUAAGGGAUUCUUUUGUCAAAAACAGAAAAAAAAGUGGAUUGGUAGGUGGCAUCCAAAAGGAGUGGAAAUAUACAGACAUCAUGUCCUUCCUUUUGCCCUAUAUCCAACCAAGAAGUUCAAAAAUCAACUUGAGCCAGCUACAAAAUGUUGAAGAAUGGUCGGGUAACCCUCAAUCAUUGUCAGAGUUUGAGGAUCGGUCCAGCACCCCUCAACAACCAUUCACAUCCCAGGCUCCAUCAGCAUCAGCAUCAGCACCAGCAUCCACUUCCAGGUCCCGUAGCCCCAGGGACAGACCUUCUAGACCGGCUGUUGCAGCGCAGGCUCCCCAGGAAAGCAGAAGAGGCCAAACAACAGACACAGAUAUUGGGGAGCGGCUGAUCUCUCUGCUGGAGCAGCCGGUGCCAAAACCUCAUAUGCCUGAUGGGGAGCUGGACGAGGCAUACUAUUUUGCCUUGAGCAUUGUGCCAAUGUUGCACAGACUAAAUAAGGACAACCUGCAACAGGCCAAACUUGAGAUCCUGGCUCUACUGUAUAACUACGAGAGAGACCAGACCUCACAACAACCUCCCCCCUCUUUGGGAUGAACAUCCCACCCCCUACAACUUCAACCGCCUUGAAUACCGUUGCCUCCCCCCCACUCCAGGACAUUCCAGCCAUUUUCAACCAAUUCACCCACCCCACCACCACAAUCAGAGUCGUUCAGAGCAAUGAUGCAUCCUGAAUCCGAAUGUGAUGGGGCCAUAUUACCCCGACUGAACAUUUAAUACUGUUACUUUUACUGUUUUUUUUUUUUUAUUAUUAUUUUAGUAUUUAGGUUUAUUAGUAUGUAGGUUUUUAUUUUGGUUAAGUUUUCAAAUUAAAAUAUAUUUCUUCCGUUGUGAUUGUGAUGUUGUGAUUUCAUUUGUUUGUGGCUUACCUU